AUGUCAAAUCUCACGAAACUUGAGUUUGUGGCUCUUGACAUUACUGGAAAGAAUUAUUUAUCAUGGAUAUUAGAUGCGGAAAUCCAUCUAAAUGCCAAUGGUCUAGGAGACACAAUCAAGGAAGGCAACCAAGCAUCCAACCAAGAUAAAGCCAAAGCCAUGAUCUUUUUACGUCACCAUUUGCAUGAGGGGCUCAAGAUUGAAUAUUUGACCAUAAAAGAUCCACUUGUUCUUUGGAACAAUUUAAAGGAGAGGUAUGACCAUCAGAAAACUGUAAUCCUUCCUAAAGCUCGUUAUGACUGGAUGCAUUUAUGUUUACAAGACUUUAAAUCUGUGAUCGAAUAUAAUUCUGCAAUGUUUAGAAUCAGUUCUCAACUGAAAUUAUGUGGAGAAAAGAUCACUGAUGAAGAUAUGUUAGAAAAAACAUUCUCUACAUUCCAUGCAUCCAAUGUGCUCCUGCAGCAGCAAUACCGUGAGAAAGGUUUCAAAAAAUAUUCUGAAUUAAUUUCUUGCUUGCUUGUAGCUGAGCAAAAUAAUGAGCUUUUAAUGAGGAAUCAUGAAUCCCGUCCUACUGGCUCCACUCCAUUCCCAGAAGUAAAUGUAGUGGCAACUGAAUCAACCCGUGGCCAUGGUCGUGGGCGUGGACGGGGUCGUGGUCGUGGUCGUGGCCGUGGCCGUGGCCGUGGAGGCGAUCGUUCCCACCAGAAGUGGGCAAAUAAUGAUGAGCAUCACCAAAAAGAAUCUAGUGGAAAUAAUAAUCAUGUUGAAAAUCUUUGUUAUCGUUGUGGUGGCAAGGGUCAUUGGUCUCGUACCUGUCGUACGCCAAAGCAUUUGGUUGACCUCUACCAAGAAUCGCUGAAAAAUAAGAAUAAGAAUAAAAAUAAAGGCAAAGAGCCAAAGGUGGAAACAAAUUUUGUGGGAGAAGAAGGCGAUUCUGAUGAUGGCAACAUGGAUGUUACUCAUUUGGAUGUUGCUGAUUUCUUUGCCGAUCCUGAUGGAAGAAUUGAUCACUUAAUUGGUGAUGGAAGUGUCAAAAAAUGA